AAUCCGAGGAAGAGGAACGAGCAGCCGAAGGAGCCAGCAUCUUCAGACCUGCCGAGAAGAUCCUCUGGUGAACACCGACCAACAUGAAUACGCUAACUCUGAUGAGCCUGCUGGUGGCAGUCACGCUGUGCCUUUGCCACAGAGAUGAUUCGGCUCGCUCCAACAGUGCCAACGAUUCGCCCAGCUCUGAAGCUUUUAUCUCCAAGCGUGACAGCGCAGAGGUAGUGAAGAUACAGAAGCGGAAUUUUCAGAGGGCCAACAUCGUUGCCGCCCCAGAUGUUCCUUCACCCCUUGAAAGUCAUCGAGAGAUCUGCGAGCUCAACAUUGCCUGCGAUGAACUGGCUGAUCAAAUUGGCUUUGAAAAGGCUUACCGAAAAUUCUAUGGGCCCGUGUAGACUACCCCUCCUCAUUCAGCAUGACGGAGAAUUGAAAAAAGGGUCAGGUCUAGGUGCCAGCUGGGUUGAUUUACUUGGCGUCAUUCUGUAUACCCUGCCUUUCUAAGAUCCAGCGCUGUCCAUGGAUCACCCCAAACAGCUUCUACUUGUUACUAUAGCCUUUGCUUUCUAGCACCUGCGGAAGUGUGUUUAAUAUUGUUGUUCUUUAAAGGAAAGACUAAAAAUAAAGAAAAACCCAUUAACAACA